CCCUCUCUCUCUAUCUUUCUCCCAUACAAGUCAAAUCAUAAGCCUAGUGAUUAACAUCCUACAAAUACACCUUAAUUCAACUCUUCCGCUUCUCCCACUCUACAAAUAUACCCCUCCCUCUCUGUCUCACACACACACACUCAUAGUUAGACAGGCCAUAAACAUGGAGGCCACCGCACUUGUGCUCCUCCCUCACAGCCACAGUGGCCUCACGGCCAGAGCACCCCCAUGCGUGGGCGGAAGAGGUGUCUCCUGCGUGACGAAGAAGAGCUACGUGAGGAUCAAGCGGAGCUCCACGGUGCGAGGGGUCAUGGCGAGGCCACAAGAGGCGACGCUAGCUCGGGUCCCGGCACCGGCGCCAACAAGGCCGGUGAGAGAGACUGCCGCGGUCACGACGACGACGACCGUGUACCACGACACCUGGUUCGACAACCUGGCCAUUGGCUACCUGUCCAGGAAACUUCAAGAAGCUUCUGGGAUAAAGAACGGAAAACAUGGCUACCAAGGAUUAAUAGAGGCCGCGGUGACAAUCUCCAGAAUCUUCAGGCUCGACACACAGUGCGAGAUUGUGGCCAGCGCUCUCGAACGAGCAAUGCCAAGCUACAUCGUCACAAUGAUAAAGGUGAUGAUGCCGCCUUCAAGAUUUUCCAGGGAGUACUUUGCUGCCUUCACCACCAUAUUCUUCCCUUGGCUGGUUGGACCAUGUGAGGUCAGGGAAUCUGAAGUCGAUGGAACGAGAGAGAAGAAUGUGGUGUACAUCCCCAAAUGCAGGUUUCUGGAAAGCACCAACUGUGUCGGUAUGUGCACGAACCUUUGCAAGAUCCCAUCCCAGAAGUUUAUGCAAGAUUCGCUUGGAGUUUCUGUGUACAUGUCACCCAAUUUUGAAGACAUGAGCUGCGAGAUGAUCUUUGGACAGCAACCUCCUGAAGAUGACCCAGCACUGAAGCAGCCCUGCUUCAGCACAAAAUGUAUCGCGAAGCAGGACUAUGGUGUGAAUUGCUAGCAUACUUGAUCAGAUAGAAAUCAUUAGUGAUUAAACACUCCCGAAAUAUAGUGAAAUGCCCACAGCUCCAUAGUUAUAUUUUUCUUGAGAAACUUGCAGAAGGCAUUUUUAAUACAUUCAACUAUUACGUCAAAUUGUUACCCAGACUCCCAGAGCAGUCUAAGAUGAAAUGAAGAGCAGAGAAAAUCAUCAUAUCACUCAGACCAAGAAAUAUGUAACUUCACUUGGUGGAUCAUGUUGUAUACUUAUAUGAUGUGUAUAGUUGUUCAGUAAACAGUUACCCGGUUACCACCAAUGUGCAUCCACAUCAAGUCCGGACCGGUAAAAGAAGAAAUUAGUUCAGAUCGUUGGUUCAAUCUUUGUAAGACCAAGACAAAGUCUGCUCGGACUGUGAAGGUUAAAAGAGUGUAAUCAUCAAUGUGCUCUGGCAAUUGUUGAAGUAGCAACAUAGGCGGGCAUUGAAAUAUGAUUUUCGGCAACAUCAGGAACACCUAGUAGCAAUCCAAGACGAGACAAUCCAGGAGGAGGCUACAAUUUGGUAGAUGGCAAGAGUCAAAUGAUCGAGGGAGUUGUGUGCAUCUCUGAAAGCGCAAGUUUCAACAUGAUGGCCUUCAUAAUACUAGUCCAUUUUACUGUUUCUUUAGUUUCUUGUAGUUUACUAGCCUGUUUCGUCUAUCUCGCACAAAGUCUCAUGUUCACAACCUUGUAAAAUUUCAAGCCAUCU